AUGUGUAAGCUGAUGAAUUCUAUGGUCGUUGAAAUCAUGAAGGGUAAUACUCAUGCCUCAAUUAAGGCAUUGUAUGGUUAUAUGUAUUUCCAUAGAUGGUUAAUUUAUUUAAGUGAAAAGUUUCCUAGAAUUGUUAAACGUUUCGAGCAUCAAGUUAAUCAAUUUAACAACACAGAAAAGGAGAGAUUGAAAUCUUCUUGUCCAAAUCUUGGUGAAUUUCUUCCAAAACUUUCAAUUUUAGGCGAAAGCAAACUAACCUGGAGCUCUGUAAAGAAAUCCAUCGUUGAGGAAACUUCUAUCAGAAAUGCUCUUUGGGUAAUCAAGAUGUAUCCUCAAUUAUCCAGAUUGAACGAAUCAGACUCUGAAAGAUGUGAAAAAUCAUGGGAAGCCAACAAAGUUUCGUGUAAAUUAAUCAUGUUUCAUGUUUUCUUUUUGAGAAAUAUUGUGGAACAAUAUAGUAAUCUAUCAUUGGAAGAGUUUGGAAGGUUGUAUGAUACCAACUAUGGAUGUCCUCCAAGAACUAAAAGUGGCGACUUGUUGGAAGAUGUCUUGCAGAGAGAAAUUUUCAGAAUUCAACAGGUUUCAACUUUCCAACAAUAUUUCGAAUAUGUUGGAGUGAGAAAUCUCAAAGAUGAAUCGUCCAUUGCAAAGUACUUGAGAAAUUGUGUCACUAUUAGCUAUGAAAGAGGUUACCAUGGAUAA